GGCAGUGUGGAAGUGAUGUCUUAUAUCAAAGUUCUUGCUCUUUGUCGUCCCUGAAAUGGUAACGAGAAGAUCAAUAUGCCUAUUACUCUUCCAUUAAUUUCUGAGCUACAAUUAAAAUCAAGAAAAGACAAAAUACUAAAGCCUUCAAUCUGUCUUAAGUGUGGGAGUCAGAUCUCACAUAUACCUUACCGCUACAACGGGCAGGUCUUCCACGCUCGCUGUCUUCUAUGCAAUGCUUGUGGAAAGAGAUUGAUUGGUAAACCUUUUAUUACUCUCAACAGACAAAUAUUUUGUGGAGACAAGUGUCAAGACUCUUUCCUUAAGGGGAAAUCACCUAAACCUUCAUCGGAUCCACCUUAUCCAGAGCCUAGUCUUAGUGAAGGUGAGUUCCCCACAGUGUCUAUAGAGGACGUCCGAUUAGACAAGACCAGUACUAACAAUAUGCCUGGUAGUUCCUCCCCAUCAAUGCAUAGCUACAGAUCAAGUUCCUCUCGCUCCGACUAUCAACAUCCCCAGCCCCCUCACCCUUCUUACCCUCCUCCCUCUCGUCUCACCGAUUACCCUGUAGCUUCCUCUCCUCUAGUGACUCGUUCCUACACGUCAAACGACUCUCUCUCGACGCUAAGCGAGAGCAGCUUCACGUCCGAUAGCUCCUCGUAUACUUACGAGCCUCACAGGAAGCCAAAGAAGAAGAUACUCAAGAACUCUAACGCUCCGAGAAAACAUCACAAGAACAGAGUCCGCUGGGGCUUGAACAACCUCCACCAGUACCAGUCUCACUCUGACAGAGAGUACAGCGACGAGACUGAUACUCUCUCUCUUGAGUCCUCAACCUCUUCAUUCUCUAGCUACCUACCCAGUACUACCCACAUGUACCCUCCCCCUCCGAGAGGAGAGAGCACUGCUCAAGGUUGGAGGGACUAUGAGCAGCGAGUUUCUCCUUCUAAUAGUACCGGGUUGGUUCCUGGUUACCCCAGGGGGCUCUCUCAGAGCCAGACCUCAUUGAAUCCUCCUUAUCACAGCCAGUAUAGGUCCCUCUAUCGCUCUUACUCUAGUGAUAUACCCUCUCCUACUCACUCCUCAUCCGAUGGAUGGAGACGAUAUGAUUCCGCUCAAAUGCUCCAUAAUCAUUCUCACAUGACGCCUGUUAGUUACCAUGGUUACCCGGCACAUGGCCCCGCCCCUCCUCCAGUGUUUUAUCUUGACGAGUCCAGCAUCCCUGACUUUGAUGAUGAGAGAAGACGGAGACAACAUAUUUACAAGAUACCUCCUAGACUCAGCGGCUCUGGAAGUAUCCUACAAACUCUUUCUGAAGAUGACAAGAAUGAUUAUGAUCACCUAACCACUCCUCCUCCUCCUCCUCCUCCUCGGAAAACAGCACAAGAGAGACUCUCUCCCAGCACACCUGACAGUCAGUGGUACACCAGUGAGGACAUUGAGGAGGCGCUACAGCUCAUUAACGAGUCAGGGACUGGGAGCCAGUCUGAAGACGAGACCACACCAUCCAGACAGUCUCCUCUAAUAGACACAAAAGCAAGGAGUCCCUCACCACCGCCUCCUCCAAAGAGAGCAUCAAGUUUAUCUGCUAUUCCGUAUAAUGUUAAUCAUGUUGAUCCUACCCUGCCUGGUCCUAUAGCCAGUGCUACCAGUAUAAAUUCUGAUCCUUCUCUGUCUCUUUCUUCAUCUCCUCCUGCCUCCAGAAAGGAUAGUAUCAUUUUGUCUCCCCCGCCAGAGUUUGCUAGCGAAGAGACCAAGCCUCGUUACUCUAUAGCAUCAGAGAAUCUGUCGUUGAGCAGUCCAUCGAUGGAGACACUUAAGAGUUACCCGUACACUGACUCACCCUCUUCCCUUGAUGAUGGACUGACUCCUGAGGUACACCCAGAGAUGAUGGCUCCCCCUCAAUCUUCUCUUAAAGAACUCGGGACAUCUUGGGGCUCUCCACUGAAGCUGAAGGAUAGGAUCGUAGAGGGAGCUGAGGAUCCUCACAGGACUAUUAGUCCUCCAUUGAUGCAACCUCAGGCUUCUAAUAUCACUGAGACCAAUAGCAGCAUUAAGACAUCAGUGUCAGAUUAUAAUACUGCUAGCUCCAUUGGUUAUCAAUUAUCAACAGUCCAACAGCAAAUGAGUCAAUUAUUGUCUCCGGAUUCUGUCAAUAGUUCUAAUGAAAGUUCUUCAAUGCGUCGAGUUAGAACUUCACCACAGGACCUCACAUCUAGUAAUGCUAACAGAUCUCCUACUAUUGGUGGGAGUGGUUCUAGUCCUAGUCCUGAUGUUCCUGGAGCUAUCAAACUCACUAAAGAGGAAGAGGCAACAGUUCAGUGGCUGAAGCAGCCAAGGACUCUGAAGCCGGUUAAAGUUGAUACUGAUAGAGAGAUUGAGCAAAUGUUGGCCGGUCUUGGAAAAUCUGGGAAGCAUCGUCACACAAGUCGCUCUGCAUCUAAUCUAUCACUAUCAUCAACCACAAGACAGAAAUACUUUGGGACGUGCUCUGUAUGUCAAAAAGCAAUCGAAAAUUCUCAGAGUUUGUUUAGUUUUGCUAGCCGAAUGUACCACACAAAAUGCUUCUGCUGUGCUCAAUGUGGUUGUCCAUUGCGUGGUAAGCAGAUAUACACUGUAAGAGGAAUGCUAGUUUGUUCUGAUGAUUAUAAAAAUAUGACAACUAGUCCUUCAGCACAUCAUUCACUACCAGCAGUGGCUCUUAUGAAAGAUACAAGAGAUCCUGUUCUCUUUCAAAGGAUAAUACAGCACUCACCCUCCGCUGUGUCCCGGGCUGAUCAUGUCCCUGAUUGCAUGAUCAAUGGGGAGAUUAAUAAUAUACACAACUCAGCCACUAUGGUCUAAUCUUUCUUUUGUAAUUAUUAUUAUUAUCAUUAUUAUUAUUACUGAUUAUUUUAAAUCUCUCUCUUUUCUCUGUUGUGAUGUG